UUGUAUCCAAUCAACGUUGUAAAGGUUCACUUCCAAGUGGGGACCAUCUCCGACAUGUGUUUGAGUAGUUGCGUCUACCCCACAAACUUCUUUUCUACUUUUCUCUCUUUCUUUCCAAAAUUGAGGUGGUGACAAAAGUGGAGCCUUUGAGGACCGUACGUCAGAUGAAGAUACAGGUGAAACAAGCUAAGAUCGUGAAGCCAGCUGAGGAAACACCUAUACACAGUCUAUGGCUUUCUAACUUGGACCUGAUACAAGUGAGGUUCCACAUGGGCAUCCUUUACUUUUACAACCCUUGUUCCUCCUCCAAUCUUCCCAACACUCGUUCACUCAUCGAUGCUCUGAGCAAGGUGCUUGUCUCCUUCUACCCUGCCGCUGGGAGGCUACAAAAGGAUAAGAAUGGGAGGUUGGAGAUUCGAUGCAAUGGAGAAGGAGUGCUGCUUGUAGAGGCUGAGACUGAUUCUCCUAUUCAAGAUAUUGGCUUGCUCACUCAAGGUUUGGAUCUCUCUCAACUUGUACCUGCUCUUACCUACUCAGGCGACAUCUCCUCUCUACCACUUCUUCUCUUUCAAGUUACAUAUUUCAAAUGUGGAGCCAUCUGUAUUGGAACCUCGAUACACCAUACAUUCGGAGACGGUAGUUCUCUUGAAUUUUUCAUGGAAGCAUGGUCUAGAACUGCUCGGGGACUUCCAGUUAAGCUAACUCCGUUCUUUGACCGCACAGUUCUUCGCGCACAGGACCCUCCCUCUCCUGUAUUUCCACAUACUGAAUACCAACCACCUCCUUUUGACAAUCCUCCCGUGACAUCCUUGGCUUACAAAUCAAAUCCUGACUCUGAUUCUGCAGUUGCCAGUCUCAAGCUCACACGCCUCCAAGUUAAAGCUCUUAGAGCUAAGGCGGAGGUUGCUGAUAGUAAGUUCAGUACAUAUGAACUGCUGGUGGCGCAUGUAUGGCGUUGUGCUUGCUUCGCAAAUGAAGAUUUAGGGGAAGAGCACUUGACGAGGCUGCAUAUAAUAAUUGAUGGGAGGUCAAGACUACAACCGAAGCUUCCGCAAGGAUACAUUGGGAACACUCUCUUCCACGCUCGUCCCGUAUCCCUGCUUGGUGAGUUUCUCAGAGAGCCUUUCAGCACAACAGUGAAGAGAGUUCAUGGAGAGAUAAAGAAAAUGGACAACACGUACUUGAGAUCAGCUAUUGACUCCUUAGAGAAACAUCCUGAUCUUGACCAGUUGGUUCCUGGUGAAGCCAAUCCGAUCUUCAGCUGUGCAGCGAACUUCUGCAUCGUUGGUCUACCCAAGGAUACUGCUUUUGAGUUGGAUUUCGGGUGGGGUAAGCCUUUCUUCAAGAGACCUUCACAUUUGAAUGAAGGGAAAGGUUUUGUAUGUAUGAGCUUAGACGAAGAAGGAAGUUUUCUGGUGUUCAUGUGCUUAAAGAAGACUCACCUUGGUAAGUUCAGGAAGCUCUUCUAUGAGUUUCUCAAUGUAUCUGCGUUGUGAACUUUGGAUCUCAGUUGUGUUUAAAGAAAACUCAGCUUGGUUCAUGCCGCCAAAUCUCAAGUUUAAUUGAUCUUUAUAGUAAAUCACAUGUAAGGGUCAAUGAUUAUUAAAUAGUACAAACAUAUGUGAAAGUGGUCUUAUACUACGAAGAUCAGAUUGCGCUCACACAAAUGGAGGCUGAGGCCAAAUGAGCAUAUGCGAGUAUUUGGGUGGAUAACGAUGGGUUUAUAGCAGAAGGUUCAAACAUGAAUGUGGCGUUUGUUGUUAAUGGUGGUAAGGAGCUUGUGAUGCCACGGUUUGAUAACGUUUUGAGUGGAUGUACGGCGAAGAUAACGCUUACGCUCGCGGAACAGCUUGUAAGCAAGGGGAUGAUCAAAAGUGUGAAAGUUAUGGAUAUGACAGUUGAAGAUGGAAAGAAGGCUGAUGAGGUGAUGCUGCUUGGGAGCGGAGUUCUCGUCACACCUGUGAAUUCAAUGGGAUGAAGAACUUAUUGCUGAUGAUGGAAAAGGUCUUAUAGCCAAAGGCACUACUGGAUCUGUUGCUGGAAGAUAUGAGCUCUGUUCCACCCUCCGUUCGUGUGCUUGUUUCUUACUGAGCCAAACCAUUCUCUUUGUUCACCAAAGACGAUCAACUUUGAGUCUCUUUUUUUAAUUGAUUUCUGUUAUUUGUAAGUUGAAGUUUUAUCCAAAUGUAUCCUGACACAAUUCUAUGUAUUUGUAAAGGUUCUCUUCUAA